CCCUGUAGGAGACGUCGUUUUACUUGUUAUUCGUUUUGUCUCUGUGUAUGAAACGCUGCACAGAGGCCUACAGCAGUACCAUGGCGGAAACGAGCUCACCACUCUCGAACAAGACACGAGUAUCCAUCGUUGGAAGCGGUUUAAUCGGGCGGAGUUGGGCGAUGCUCUUCGCCAGUGCUGGGUUCGAGGUUUGCAUGUUUGACGUCGACAAGUCCCAGUUAGAACAAGCCAAGACAGCCGUCCUAGGGCAGCUGAAGGACCUGGAGUCUCAAGGCUUGCUGCGGGGAGCGCUCUCUGUUCAGCAGCAGUACGACAGCAUUGUAACAACCUCCAGUUUGGCAGACUGUGUGAAAGGCGCUGUCCACGUCCAGGAAUGUGUUCCAGAGACAGUAGACAUGAAGAGGAAAGUGUUCACACAGCUAGACAGUCUGGCGGAUGACCAAGUCAUACUCUGCAGUUCUUCUAGUGCCAUUGUCCCGUCCAAGUUCACAGAACAUCUUAAACAUAGGACAAAAUGUCUUGUUGCCCACCCAAUUAAUCCUCCAUUUUACUGCCGACUGGUGGAAUUAGUACCGGCUCCAUGGACGGACCUGGAAGCUGUGCAGACGACAAGGGACCUCAUGACGUCAAUUGGACAGGCACCAAUCACACUGAAGAAGGAGAUCACAGGUUUCAUACAACCGCGUAUACAGCACGCUAUUCUAGCCGAAUGCUGCAGGCUUGUUCAGGACGAGGUAAUCAGUGUUGCUGACGUAGAAACAGCCGUUAUUGAGGGUCUGGCUCCACGUUACGCUUUCAUGGGCCCUUUCGAGACAUGCCAUCUGAACGCCAACGGUCUAAAAGACUACUUUGACCGUUUCGGACAGACCAUAUACGAUGUUCAGAAGUCGUUUAACGUCCCACACCCAAUGCAGGGCGCGAAAGCAGAGGAAGCGGAGCGAGAGGUUACCCAGUGGGUUCCGUUAGAGGCCUUACCCCAGAGGCGUCAGUGGAGGGACAGAAGACUAGCUGCUCUUGCCAAACUUAAAAACGAGCUUGACAAUUCAUCAAAGUGAAGUUGAAAGCUUUCCAUCAUAUGUUUUUUUUGAAUUCUAAUUGAACAUUUAACUCUACCAGUAGAGUUGCAGUAUAUGUCUAUGGUGCAUAUUUGUACUUAUGCUCUGAAGUAUGUGGGAAAGAAAAUGUGGCCAAGGCCUCUUCAGUCAGCCAUUUGACCAGUUGUGUGAUUAAAGCUGCAUAUCCGAACAUCACAGCGCUUCUUUAAAAAUUUUGUUAUCGUUCUUUUUUGUCUGUUCGUGAGUAUGAAUUAGUGCUAUACACUGCAAAUAUUAACGACGCAUGACAUGUAUUUAUAAAAACACACGCAUUAAUGUGCAUACGUCUUUUCCAGAAACGCGUUACAUGUAUAUGGUGGGACUAUUCACGCAUACGUUUUUGUUAAAAAAUGGCCGGAAUCCUUUUGUGUAACAUUGACGUUUUCAGUAAAUCGUUUCAACGUAUUCUCCAAAACAUUGGUGUUUUAUAGAAAAGAUGUGACAUGUCUAGUAGGGUGGUCAAAUAACCGUUUUUGUUUUAACAUGUAUAUUCCUAUCAGUUUUGGUUAGGUAUUACAUUUUAUUAUUUUGAAUAAUUUCAAAUGACGACAAUAAUUUGAUUAACCUUGUGAAUAGUAUGGAAUGCCGUGGUAAAAGAGCGUACAUCUAGGUUUCGUGAUACAUAUGUAUACGUACUGUAUCAGUGAAAGGGUCCAGGCUAGAGGAGGGGACUAAUAAAUGCCUUACAGACUGUGUACAUUAACUUCAAACCGAGAAAGCGGGAUACUUAAAAUAUACAGCUGGUGAAAGACACACUUUUAGAAUCAAAAAUGGCUCACAAGGACAAUAUCCAGAAGCCUGCGAUCGUUUACUAACAAUCAAAUGUACGAUGGCGGAGACG